UUGUUAUUUUAGCCUGAGUCGAGGCGCGUUGUAUUUUGCUAAAUUGUAACUUGCUUUCAUGUUUUCUAUUGAAAUUGGAUACAAUUUCAAUAAUAAGUGCUUGAAAAGAAAUGGUGACCUAAACAAUUUCUGUCUAAAUGGAAAUCUGUUAAAAAACCAACAAAAGUUUUGGUUAUUUUUGUAUUUUCAAACCAACAUUACCAGUUAUCAACAAAAUGGAAGGCAAGAAAAUAUCUUUCGGCUUUAUGAAAACGAAAAAGCAAGAUAAACCAAUAACUACUGAAAAGAAGGAGUACAUUGAAUGCGUCGAAGAACAUGCAAUCAAAGUUGUUGGAGGGGAAGUAACAGAGGAAGUUAAACCAUUGAUAAUACCCAUGAAACCGAAUACCCUCAUAACGGCAGAAAAACUUAAGGAAAUAGCUGAAAAAGCUGAAAAUUUUGAAGAACCAGUAAUCAAAGUGGAAAAAGAGGAAGAAAUGGUGCCGGAGAAUGAAACCCUAGAUCAGAUGGCUGUUAGAGAGUUAAUGGAUGAAGCAAAGAAAAUUAAGAAAGAAGUUGAAUCAGAAAAAUUGGUUGUACCGAUUAAUUCGAAACCAAUAUUUGAGGGACAAGCAGAGGCAACACUUGACGACUAUGACUCAGUACCUAUACAAGAAUUUGGGUUAGCAAUGCUACGGGGAAUGGGCUGGACACCAGGUAAAGAAUCAAAAUAUAAGCAACCACAACUGCGUCCUAAAGGCCUCGGCCUGGGCGCCGACAAACUCAUCAAAGAGAAGGAAAAAAGCAAAUCCUCCAAGGACAAGGAAGAGGAAUUGUCUAUAGUCAAAAAUUCCUUUGUAAAGAUUACUGCUGGAAAAUACAAUGGAUUUUAUGGCAAGGUUAUAAGCUUAGAUGAAGACAACGGCCGAGUCAUGGUUGACAUCACAGUGAAGAAGGCAACCGUCAGUGUCAACGAGUUCAUGCUGCAAGCGGUCACUAAGUCAGAGUUUGACAAGCAGUCCAAAGUUAUAAACUCUGAGUCGUAUGAAGAAUAUAAAAAGAAAGAAAUGCUCAAAACGUCCAAACCUUACAAUUCAACAAAGACGGAAGAGUCCAGAAAAGAAGGAACAUCAAGUAACAAGCACAGCAAAACUCGAGAAAAAGAAUAUACAGAAAAACGAGAUGACAGACGUAAAUUAGAAGAAUCAAAAAAAGAAGGAACGUCUAGUAACAAGAACAACGAAACUCGAGAAAGAGAAUAUACAGAAAAACAAGAUGACAGAUGGAAAACAGAAGAAUCAAGAAAAGAAGGAUCAUCCAGUAAAAUGCACAGCAAAACUCAAGAAAAAGAAUAUUCAGAAAAACGAGAUGACAGACGUACAAAAGUUGAAAAGUACUCAAACGGAAAUGGAAACAGAGAAGAGAGAUAUAGGAAAGAAUCUUCUAGCAGCGAGGAAGAACGAAGUCGACACAGAAAGAGGAAUAAAAAGAAAUACAGCAGUAAUGAAUCGUUGAGCUCAGAAUCUGACCAUAGACACAAAUCGAUUGACAGAAGAAGACACAGCAGUAGCGACUCUUCAGACACGAGUAGUCGUAGAAAAGAGAAAAGCCACAGAAGUAAGUCUUCCAAAGAAAAGAGAGAUAUAGACAAAAAGAGAAAAGGGAAGAAGAAAAAAAGAGACAGAGAUCGCUCACCUAAUUAUAAGAAAUAUAGAAAAUAAUCUUGAUGACAUUUAUUAAAAUAAUUUGUAAAAUAAAUAAUUGUUUACAAUA